AUGCAGAUCAAGACCGUCCUCGCCGUCUUCAUGGCCACCCUCGUGUCCGCCGCAGCCGUCCCCGAAGGCACCGUGGCGCUUCAGGCUCGCUACCCUGCCAACAACAAGAAAGCCGGCAAGGUCAACGCCGCCGCCAACAACGGCACCGCCGCCGGCGGUAACGUAAACGGCACGGCAGACUUUGGAAAGUGCAAGCCGACCAUGAGCUUCAAGACGGGCCGGCCGGGUCGCAAGGCCACCGAGGGAACCUUCCUGCCCGACGAUGAGCUCGUCGCCAAGGGCCAGCAGGACGCUCUCAACCCCAACAUCAUCACCAACCGCAUCUGCGACCAGCUCACAAACGUCUGCAGCGCCAACGCCGCCGCCAAGACCCAGUGCGCCGCCGCCAAGGCUAUGGUGUCCUCGCUGGGCACCAAGGACUCGAGCACGGCCGACGCCUUUAACAAGGCCCUCGGCUUCUAG